AUGGCAGAGAAGCGGCCCCUGGGGACCCUGGGCCCUGUGAUGUAUGGCAAGCUGCCCCGUCUGGAGGCCGACUCUGGGCCUGGGCACAGCCUCACCCCUUCUGCUGGCAGCCAGGACCCCUGUAACUAUAAGGGCACCUACUUUUCUUGCCCUAUGGGGGGUGCUCCUAAGGUGGGAUCUGAGCGACUGGCGUCCUGGCCCCCCUACCAACCCUUGUACCCUACCAGCAUGGCAGGUCCACCGCUUCGAGCAGACAGCCUGUUGUCCAACUGCCUGCUCUACCGCCCAGCAGCAGAGGCCUCUGAGAAGAGACAGGAUGCCAGCCCUGUUGAACUCCUGCCCUACAGUCCUCGGGCUCACUCCUACCCAGGCCCACCGCUGGCAGCGCCAAAACCUGUCUACCGCAACCCUCUGUGCUACGGGCUCUCAACAUGCCUCGGGGAAGGGGCAGCCAAGAGGCCAUUGGAUGUAGACUGGACACUGAUGCCUGGGUCCCUACUGCCCCCUGCUGACCCACCUUGUUCUCUUGCCCCAGCUCCUGGCAAAAACCAGCCUCUAGAUCCUACCUUCUUGCAUGGGAUGCCACCUGGGGGAGCUGGCAAAGACUCUUCUGUGAGUUUCUCUCCAUGCCAGGCAUUCCUAGAGAAAUAUCGGACCAUCCACAGUUCAGGCUUCCUGCCCUCCAAGUACACAGGUCCUUACUCUGGAGACCCCAAGCAAGUAAUGCCUGAAGGUCCCCCCAGUCCUUGGACCCAGCUGGCUCAACCUCUAGGACCAGCCUGUCAGGAUGCACUGGCCACCCACUACCCGCUGCCCCAUGCUCCACAGGCCCUACCAUGCCCACCUGCCUGCCGCCACCCAGAGAAACAGAGUGGCUAUGGCUCAGUGCUCCCGCUGCAAGCUGUGGGAGCCCACAAGGGCACAGGGUACCCACCAAGUGGGCUGGGCAGCCCCUACCUUAGGCAGCAAGCAGCCCAGACACCCUACGUGCCCCCAGUGGGGCUGGAUACUUACUCCUACCCUUCUGCCCCGCUCCCAGCACCCUCACCAGGCUUCAAGCUGGAACCACCUCUCGCUCCACGGUGCCCAUUGGACUUCCCACCUCAAAUGCUGGGCUUCCCUCAUGCCCGGGAUGACCUUUCUCUCUAUGGAGCCUCCCCAGGGCUUGGUGGGACACCGCCUUCCCAGGACAGUGUUCGGGCUGUGCCACAGCCAGGGAUCUUCCAGAGGACAUGCCAGCCUGUGUCUGCCAGCCAGCCACGGAUAGAGUCCACAAAGCCUUCGGAGAAGCCAGUGCAGACAGCUGGGGAGAACACGUGGCUGCCUAGCUGUCAGAAAGAGCAGCUCCAGCCUCAGGUCGACACACACCGUGGCACACCCAUCGUCAUCCGAGACAGUCCAGUUCCCCACACACCGCCAGCACUGCCCCCGUGUGCCCAGGAGCGACAGUCCCUCCCGCAGAACAAGAACACAAGUCCGCCCACCUCUCCUCCCAUGCCUGUUAUCGACAACGUUUUCAGCCUGGCCCCCUACCGUGACUACCUAGAUGUACAGGCACCUGAGGUCACAUCUGAGCCUGAGCAAGACCCAGCCAUCAACAGGAGCCCUGGCAAAGACUGCAAGGGGACCCUGCCUGCCCAGGAGACCCCCUUGGGGACACCCUGCUCACUUAGGGAGGAAGUGGCACUCGACUUGAGUGUGAAGAAACCUGUGACAGAGUUGUCCCCUCUCAAAGUCUCCAGUCCUGAAAUACAUGCCAAGCCCACAGAAGUGUUGGAUGUUGGGAAUGCAGCCUCAGCUCUGCCAAGUGCAGGGAAUACCAUUUCAGAUGUCCCAGGUAUGGGCAACACAGUCUCAAAUCUUCCAGGCCUGAAAACUCUCGUCACAGAAUCCCCAGCACUGCCUGGGACACCAGUGACCACGGAAGCCACACCAAGGACCAACUUCCAAAGCUCUGUGGCCUUCAUGUUCCGAAAGUUCAAGAUCCUCCGGCCAGCACCCUUGCCUGCAGCUGUGGUCCCAUCUGUGCCCACCUCGGCCCCUGCCCCAGCACCCCCUGCCCUUACCCCCACAUCUGUGCCCAUCGGACUGAAUCUUCUCCCCCAGCCCGUGCCCAUGGCCUGCUUCAACUUGGCACUGCCCAGUCCUCCUGCCUUAGCUGUGGCCUCGCCUGCUCCAGCUCCAAGUCUGGCUCCAGCUCCAUCACCUGCUUCAGCCCCAGGCCCAGGCCCUGCUCCAGCCUCUACACUUGCCCCAUCCCCAGCUCCAGCCUCGGCAGUCUCCCCAGAGCAGCGCUUCACGGGGCUGCACGCCUCCCUGUGUGAAGCCAUCUCGGACUCAGUGGCCCAGUCCCCACCCGAGAAGCUACGGGAAUGGCUCACAACGACCAAGCCUUGGGGGCGAAGAGCAUGGCAGGACUGCCCAGAUGUGCAGGGGCUGCUGCACAAACUGCUGGCGCAGCUGCAGAGCUUCAUGUGCACGCAUCAGUGUCCCUUCCCCCACGUAGUGCGAGCCGGCGCCAUCUUUGUGCCCAUCCACCUGGUGAAGGAGCGACUCUUCCCGAGGCUGCCCCCGGCGCUAGUGGACCAGGUGCUGCAGGAGCACCGGGUGGAGCUGCGGCCCACCACGCUGUCGGAGGAGCGCGCCCUGCGGGAGCAUGCACUGCACAGCUGCACCUCACGGAUGCUGAAACUGCUGGCGCUGCGCCAGCUGCCUGACAUCUACCCGGACCUCCUGGACCUGCAGUGGCGGGACUGCGUGCACCGCCAGCUGGGUGACUUUGACCCUGAGGCUGGAGCUCUGCCAGCCUCCGAACCCGCCACGGUCAGAGACGAGCCAGAGAGCCCCACCUUGGCCCAGAAGUCACCAGCCCCCAAAGCCAAGAAGCUGGGGAGAAAGCCACCAACUCCUGGACCAGAGAAGGCAGAGGCAGCCUCUGGGGAAGGGUCCUGUGGAGCCUCCUCUUCCUCGGCUGCCAGCGCUGGCCCGCCCAGCCCCACACUGAGGUCUCGCUUCCGCAGCCUGCUGGAGACCGCCUGGCUCAAUGGCCUGGCGCUACCCACAUGGGGCCACAAGGUCUCGGGACCUGACCGGCCCUCACCCCGCCCACAGCUGUUGGGGAGCCAGAGCCACCACCUGUAG